UACUUCAACUAGUCCCCGUGUUCUUCGAAUGGAUCUCUUAAUUGUUGAGAGGGUUGCCCAAAAGCAGUAUAUAAGGCGUACCCAGUAAAACUUACAAGUAAACCAGAUAUAGAGAUGGCGACUAGGGUUGCUGUUUCCAUUAUUAUAUAAUUUCAAGACCAAAAUGGAUCUAUGAUAAGAUCGUUUAUUUACAACGGAAUGGUAUACAAAGUCAACAGAUCUCAAUGAAUACAAAAUAGGAUUUAUGGCUACGCAAACCGUUGAGGGUAGUUCUAGAUCUGGACCAAGACGAACUAUUGUAGGGGAUUUAUUGAAACCAUUGAAUUCAGAAUAUGGUAAAGUAGCUCCUGGAUGGGGAACUACUCCAUUGAUGGGUGUCGCAAUGGCUCUAUUUGCAGUAUUCCUAUCUAUUAUUUUAGAAAUUUAUAAUUCUUCCGUUUUACUGGACGGAAUUUCAAUGAAUUAGAUUUACAAGAAACGUGAAUUCUUAGCUUUUCAAUACUUAUCUUUUCAAUACAAAGUAAAGCAUUUAGGUUUCGGAUUUUUAUCUCAUUAUAUUAUUUUUUUAUUGGUAGUUCGAUCGUGGAAUUUCUUUCUUUCUGUAUUUCCGGAAUAUGAGUAAAGUCUAUGAUUGGUUUGAAGAACGUCUCGAGAUUCAGGCGAUUGCAGAUGAUAUAACUAGUAAAUAUGUUCCUCCUCAUGUCAACAUAUUUUAUUGUCUAGGAGGAAUUACGCUUACUUGUUUUUUAGUACAAGUAGCUACGGGGUUUGCUAUGACUUUUUACUACCGUCCAACUGUUACUGAGGCUUUUGCUUCUGUUCAAUACAUAAUGACUGAAGCUAACUUUGGUUGGUUAAUUCGAUCAGUUCAUCGAUGGUCGGCAAGUAUGAUGGUCCUAAUGAUGAUCCUGCACGUAUUUCGUGUGUAUCUCACUGGUGGUUUUAAAAAACCUCGCGAAUUGACUUGGGUUACAGGUGUGGUUCUGGCUGUAUUAACCGCAUCCUUUGGUGUAACUGGUUAUUCCUUACCUUGGGACCAAAUUGGUUAUUGGGCAGUCAAAAUUGUAACAGGUGUACCGGAAGCUAUUCCUGUAAUAGGAUCUCCUUUAGUAGAGUUAUUACGCGGAAGUGCUAGUGUGGGACAAUCCACUUUGACUCGUUUUUAUAGUUUACACACUUUUGUAUUACCUCUUCUUACUGCCGUGUUUAUGUUAAUGCAUUUUCUAAUGAUACGUAAGCAAGGUAUUUCUGGUCCUUUAUAGAGAAUAUAGAUCAUAGAUAUUUGUAAUCAAUCAUUUCUCACUUGAAGAGGAACAAUAGUAUUUCAUUGCUACAAAUAUGGAUUAUUGAAAAGAAUAAGACAUGUAUUUGGAUAUUUCCCUUCAACUAUACAAUCGAGUAUUCUUUAUUUGACACGAAUAGUUGAAGGGAAUUCUCCGAAGAGAAAAUGGAUUAUGGGAGU